AAAAUAAAUUUUUAAUAAGUACAUUAAAGCUGCAACCUGCAUUUAAUUUCAGUGCUUAACAUUUAAAGCAAACUGAGACAAAUAAACAAAACAAACCAAAAAUAAGCAAAAAGGAAAAUAAACAAGUAAAAGAAAAAACAAACAAAAAGAAAAAGGAGACCAAAUCAAAACGAAAAACGAAAUUUAAACGUCUGCAUAUUAAUCAGCGGCCGCUCUCGCGACGCGUCCACGCCGAGCACAGCCUCAGCUUUGAGCUGGACAGGACCUGCUGCAACAGGACAACUUAUCAUCAAGGAUUUACAGACGCCGCGCGUAAAGCCGCUUAGACGUGAGGGACGCGUUCACAUGCCCCAAAGCAAACGCUAAUCAGGGGCCACAGGAACAGACGCGCGCUGGGCGCGGCUCGCUGAGCGACUGCCGCUGCUGCUGCUGCCACUAGCCACUGGCUACGCCUCCUGCAACAACAAGAAGCAGCAGUAACGUCGGCUCAUUUGGCCACUGCGGAUUAUGUUAAUUAGAUUUUAAGCACGCGACGACGCCUGGGGAACAAUUGACGUUGUUAUGCGACAACAUUUAGCUCUAACAACAACGACAAACGACAAACAGCAGCAAAGCAGGUGAAGCGAUGCGCGCUUUUUAAUUGACAUUUGCUGAAGCUGAACAACGCUUUGUGCAGCAAUUAGCAAAAAAAAAAGAAAAACAGACGCACAGAAAAGGACAAAAAAAAAGUAAAACAAUUGUAAACAGUGAGAAAAAAAUAACAACAAUUGAAAUGCUGAUGGCCAAGUUGAUAUUUAAUUAAAAAUUCAGCAUAUUUAGCGUGCGACGCUGAAAAGUAGGCAACGCCUUUUCCACAAACAAGCUGUCAAACUGUUGACAGUUGUCACACGGUCGAGCACAGAGGCGUGCACGUGACGCUCCCUUAAAAAUUAAAAAAAAAUAUACAGAGAGCAGGCCAGCCAACAGGCGGCCUUUUGGAGUACGUGAGUGCAUGAAUGUAUGAAUAAAUGGCAGGCAAAUGAAUGAAACGUCCAAAACGUUGGCCAUAUUCCACAAAUUUCUCGCACAGCGCUAAACGUCUGCACGUACAGCGCAUAAAUUUCAAGUGAAAUUAACGUCCAAGCCCUUAAACAAAAAAAUAAGAAUAAGAAAAACUGUUAAAUAAACGAGGCACCUGCCCACACAAAAAUGUUGGCCCAACACUGUGCCCUGGUUGGCCUGUUCCUGGCCUUUGCCCAGCUGCUAUGCAGCGUGCAGGCAUUAACCCUGACAGAUGCCGCCGCCGAGCAGCAGGAGCGGCAACUGUCGCUGCAGCAUCUCAGCUAUCAAACCGUGCGCCGCAUGCUGCGCGAUGAGCACGCACCGGCGGGCCACUACAAGGCCGAGCUGCGCUACCAGCACAAGCGCGAGUCACCGCUACGCGAGAAGCGCGAGGCACACAGGACGGUCGCAACGCUGCUGAAUCUGACGCGGCAAGGCCUGAGCGCCUAUGAUAGCCAACAGAACUAUCAGGGCCAAUUUGAGCUGGUGAAUCGCUUGGAUCUGAGCCACAAUCGGCUGAGCAGCCUGCAGCUGCAGAACUUUACGCAGCUGCAGCAGCUGAGCGCAUGCAAUAACACGUUGACCCUGCUGCCUGCUCUGAGCACCACGCUAAGCGCACUGGAUCUAUCCUGGAACAAGCUUAGCCAGCUUUCCAGCAGCAACAACAGGAGCAGCAGCAGCUUCUUUGAACAGCGCAUGCCACAGCUUAAGCAUCUAAAUCUGGCACACAAUGAGCUGGGCGGUGCCAUAGCUAGGCAGGCAUUCUACAAUCUGAUUGGUCUGGAAACACUGCUGCUCGGCUGGAACAACAUAACGGAUAUCGACUAUGAAACCUUUCUGGCGCUGCCCAAUUUGCAGCAUCUGGAUUUGUCGCACAAUCAGCUGAGCGGCUCGGCUAUACGCGCUCUGCAGGGCAUACCCGAUCUGGUGAGCCUGUCCAUUGCACAUAAUCCGCUGGUGGGCGCAGCCAUGCAGGAGUUUGUCGCCUCCUGGAGUCUCAAGGAUCUGGAUGCCAGUGGCACCGGCUUGUGCCAGGUGCCCGCUGCACUGGCGCAAUCUGUACGCACCCUCAAACUCUCGCACAACUGGCUUCAGACAAUAAAUUGCGGAGAUUUGGAUAGUUAUCCACUGUUGCAGUACUUGGAUCUGUCCUACUCGCACAUUGCGCAGUUGGAGGAUGAUGCACUGGGUCGUCUGGAACUGCUCGAGCUGUUAUUCCUUGACCACAACAAACUGAUGCGUGUGCCGAACAGCUUGCCCACCUCGCUGGAGCAUCUCUUUCUGCAGCAUAAUCGAAUUAUGGAGCUGCAGCCACAGGCGUUUGUCGGUCUGAAGAAUCUGAAAACCUUGGAUCUAUCCGGCAACCGUUUGUUGUAUUUGCCGGCGCUGCCAUUGGCCAACUUGCUUACAUUAAAUCUGCAGUCAGCGGGUAUCGAGUCGGUCAGCCAGUCGAUUGUGCACACGCUGCCGCAGCUGCGCGAUCUGCUGCUGGAGGAGAAUCCGAUCAGGUGCAGCGAUCUGCUGGGCAUUGCCGAAUGGGCAAGUCCCUGUCGCAGUGCCGACUUGGGUCGUACAUUGGGCCUCAUUGAUGUAAAGCGACGUUACGUGCAGUUGCAGAACUUUAACGAGAACUUUAGCAGCACUUGUGGGGGCGUGGCAAAUGAAGUGAAUGAUGCAGCCGAGCUGGCCAAAUCAAUGCCGCCCACUUGCAGCCAGGCAACGGCAGCAACAACACAAGCAACUAUGCCAAAAGUGCAAAAGUCAAAGGCACUAUCUACAGCGGCAGCAGCAGCAACAGCAACAACAGCAGCAACACACACAACUCUUAUGCAAUCAAGCGGCAACAACAUUGCACUGCUAACCGCAAAAACUUUAGGGCCAGCUGAAACAACUUCGUUAGUGCAACUGCAGCGCCAACAAAUGCCUGGCAUGCCAACUGCAAUAACAGUAGCAACAACAACACCAGGAGCAACAGCAGAAGCAGCAGCAACAACAACAAUAAUUGCAACUGCCACAGCCGCUGGCGUGCCAAGUUUGCAACGCGCUGCCAAACGCACAAACAUUUUGGCAAGCAGCUCAACGCCGCUAGCAGCAACAACAGCAACAUUAGCAACAACCACAGCGCCGCCUAGACUAGCCAGGCCAACAAACAUAAGCAAUGUUGCUGCGGUCGCCAAGGCAACAGCAACAACAGUCGCUGUGCCACAAACAAUUUUGGCGCUUUUAAGUUCAGAUAGCAAACACAAACAUGCCAAGAGUGUAUUAAAACAGACAGCAGCAACAACAACAACAACAACAACAACAACAACAGAGAUGAUAGAGACAACAACAACAACAACAGCAACAACAGUUGCCGCUGUGCAGCCCAGUGACACUUCCGGUCAGGAGGCAAAGCCGGCACAUAAACAUGCCACGCUGCAGCUGCAUAUUAAAGAUCGGCAUCUAAUUGGAACGCCGCUGCUGAUGCACAAGGGCGACAACCUGCUGAUAGAUGCGGAGCAGUUGUUGCUGCCUGGAACGGCAACAGUAGCGGAUGCGGAAACAUUGCUGGCUGACAGCCAGCUGAAGCAGCAGCAGCGACAGGAAACGACUGAUAAGCGACAAGCGGAAGCAAUAAAGGGCGACACAAAGGCGACACCACAGACCGAGCUGGAGCUGGAGCAGCACAAGAAAAAGCCCUCGCUGAGCAUGAAGAAGAUGACAUACAGCACCAAGCAUGCAGCAAUCAAGAAAACAACAGCAGCACCAACAACAACAAUAGCAACAGUAUUAGCAGUCACAGCCGCAACAACACCUAGCACACGCCCACAACACCAACACAGCAGUGUUAACACACCCAAUGCGGUCAAACAGGAACUGAGCACAUUCGCCCAGCUUAAGGCCUUUGUGGAACUCAAGACGGAAGCCUCCAAGUCCGCAAAGCUGCUGGCGACACGCCUGGAAACGCAGCAUACAUUAAAUGGCAGCCAUCCGGGGCUUAUGCUGUUGCUGGCCUGCGUCCUGGUGAUUGUGCUACUCGCCGGCCUGGCGCAUGUGUAUCGCUGUGAGCUGCCCUGGCAGCGCAGUCCACGUGCCCAGCAGCGACCGCAUCAGCACCAUCAGCGCCAGCUCAAUGAGAGCGACGAUGUGCACAGCUUUUUGCAUUAUCAGGGCUCCCGACAUGCAAAUCCGGCCCGUUUGGGGGCCUGGCAUCACAGCACCAGACGUGAGGCGCCAUACAGCUCGCCGCUGCACAAUUUGCAGGCACGUGAACUGCAGCGCGAGCAGCAGAAGCUACAGUUCUACAGUGCCUCCCUGGCGGACAGCUCCAUUGGCAGCGGCAGCGGUAGCGGCUGCUCCUCGGGCAGCAGUCGCAGCAGUCUGCACUCGCCGAGCAACGAGGAAAGCUACUAUAUAGAGAUGGCACCCAGCAGCCCCAUGACUGCCUCCAGCGGCAUACCCAGCCUGCCCAUGGAGCUGUUGAGCGGCAGCAGCAGCAGCAACAGCAACAGCAACAACACAAGACGAACCGCCGGCACGGGCGUGGCUGCAACACAGCUGGGUGGAGCUUUGGCGCCGUCGGCAGCAACGCUGCGUUCGAUGAGCAGCAAACUGAUGGCGCCCGGAACGCGUCGCCUGGGCAUCUGGUGACAAACCGUGUUCGGGCAGCGACAAUACGCAACACUACAGUGAAUCAAGGGCAAAUAUAUAGAAAUAUAGAAAACAUGCUGCAUAGUUUUAAGCCCAAUGGUCAGCGGCCAAACUGAGUCAGAAAACAAUUGGCAGCAGCAUCGCAGAUAUAUAUAUAUAUAUAUAAAAAUAGAGAUAUAGAUAUACAUGCACAGAUAAUUAUUUAUAUAUGUAUGUAUGUCUCUUCGUUUAGUCUUGUUUGAUUUAUGGCUCAUGUUGGUCGCAUACGUGGCAGGCCUCUUAGUGUCUAGGUUAGCAGCAACAAUUUGUCAUAAAGUUUCGUAACGUAUACGCCGCGUGUGGCGGCAAGCAGCCAAAUAGCCAAAAAGCAGCCAAGAACAGCCAAAUAACCACCGCCAGCAACAUUUUAUAGGCCAUCAGGCAAACGCGCUCCGAACCCGCCCCCUCCCAACCCACACCUAUCGCCUCAAUUUAAUGUCCAUCUUGUGGUCGUAUUUGGGUCAGUUUACACCAGGGCCAGAGCCGUGCGUGUGUGUGUUUGUGUGUUCGUGUGUGUUGGCCAGUUAACUUUAUAUAUGCGUAUGAGUGCCUGUCCGUUGGCCAAGAUUAAGUGCUUUGAUAGUCAUGCAUAUAAAAAUGAAAUAUAUCGAUAAAGUAUUAAAUAACAAUUUAGUUUAUGACCCAAAGUCAGCAAAGGCUCGAACCAUCAAUGCGCAUUACAAGGACCUCAAGAGAACAAAAAGGCUCAAUUUACUAUUGUUGUUAAUUGUGCACUUAUUUAUAGAUCGAGCGAAAAUUUGUACAAUUUAACAUGAGACAUUUUUAUGGUUUUUAAAUAGUUAUUUAUGCCUCAGAAUACUUUUAUGCUUCAAACGUAAACAUUUAUAUUUGAUAACCGCUUUAUAGAUUAUGCUUACAAGAAACGAUUAGCUGAGAGAUAUUUAAAGUACCUCAAAGAUUAUAUUUUUACACUUUCAUAUAAGUUUAUGCUCAGAGAUAACGAGUAGAUUUCCUCCAAUAAUCAAAGAGUUACAGUGUCGGACAGACUUUUUUUACUUUAAGAUAAUUUUAAUCUUUUAUUCUCUUGAUGUCACUUUCCAUUUAAAUUGGACAAGCCUUCUAGCGGAGAGAUAUUUAAAUAUAUCAUAGAUACUUUCAGCUUUACUCGAGAUAUAAAGAUUAAAUGUCAGCUUUAAGAUACUUUACGCUAACAAAAUAUCCUUUUCACAAAAAAACGAGAUAUAUUGCGUUUAGAUACUUCAUUCAGUAGAAGAAGAUUCUAACUAAAACAUUAACUAGCUAAGCGGAAGGGCUAAGUAAUUAGACAAUUUACGCAAUUAAAGUGCAAAGCAGAAACAGAAAAAUGCAUUUAGCUUUCACCUGAAAUAAAGCUCUUGAUAGAUUUUCCUUUUCAAGCCAAAGCUUGUUCCUAAUGGACUUUAAAAGCCAACUGCUUCAGUGGCUCCUUAACCCACUUUGCCCAAUCUAAUUAAAAUUUCAAGUUUUGCUCGAACAAAGUCACAACAAGAGGCACACCGUUCUCCCAGAAAACCCUUUAGGUUUUAUUUUAUUUCUAUUUUUACGGUUCGUAUUGACAGCCCCCAAUUGACAGCAGCCCCAGCAAUUGCUCUACUAUAGUAGUAUAUGCUCUCAUUCUGCACCCCAUUUUCUGUUCUAAGGCAAUUGUCGAACCGCCCGUACUUAACCUCAUUUUAUAAAUUGACCAACAGUGAGCAUAUGGUGUAAAUCCAGCCAAAUGGGCAGACAACUAAUCCGCCACAGCAAAUGUGAAAUGUUGUAAAACUAUUUGAAAGAUAUGUGAAAAAUGGCAACGCCUGGAGACCGGCUGGGCUCCGGCCUGGACUGGCGGAGGCCAACAUCAAAAUAAUGUGCCAGCAAAUCAAAUUACAAGACGACGACUUCAUGAGGGCAGAGAAAUGUAUGGUUGAGUGGGGUUGCAAGUUUGCGAAGAGGGGGAGGUACAACACAACAAUUACAUUAAGACACGAUAAAAAGUUGUGCAACAAUCUUGUGAGUCAGAGCCCAAGCUGCCGGGCAGCCGGGCGGCAAAGCGCCGGACGCAAAGCCACAGUCAUUGCACAGUUUUUCAACUUUUUGUGGCUUUGUAAUUGGAAUACAAGAAGAACAAGAGCAACAGCAACAGGAAGAUAGAUAAAGAUGCGGAUACAAACGUAUCUGUAAUGGGAGCGUAGGCAAGAGUUUCAGCCACUAACAACAGGCGUUCAAGCGUUUCUUCUCAAGCAAUUCAGAAGAAGAAGGAUUUAUUUUUGGCCACAAAAGCGAAAUGCGAACCUAAAGCGGGCUAACAACAAUUAAAGUAAUGCUGACCAACAAACUAAGAUGCCCGACGCCCGAAUUUGGGCGGGAUUACGAUGCUAAGAGGGGGCAAAAAUAAGGGAGAACGCACAAAAUCUUAAUUAAGGAAGUUCCAAGUGGGCAAGUGUCAGGCUGCCAUUUUUUGUUGGACUGCCGGAUGAGGCAGUUGGGUGGAAGUAGAAAAGGGGGCAGCCUUUUUUGUGCACAGCAUAGCAGAAAAACUGGACUACAAUGGGGCCAUAUAAACAGAAUGCGGCAGGGUAGAAGGCUGAGGGCAUUGUCAAAUUUAAUGAAGGUUUUCUCUUGCUUAUGACAUGCCCAGCUGGCCAAGAUUUACUUACCAAACUUUUCAGUUGCGUACGAGUAAAAUUGCGUCAGAAGAAAACUCCGAUGAGUUAAUUCGUUAUUUGACACUUUUGGGUCACAUUCCAGGCCCAAACUUGGGCUCAAUUUUUGGGAAAAUUUUAGUCACUCCGUGCACAGUUAAUAAAAUGUUUGUUUGAGUACGACGUUUAAUUAUUUGCCUGCUAAAUGGCUUUAACAGCAUAUAAAAACGGGUGGGGCGGUUGAUUUGGGCAAGUUAUGUGAAAACAAGUUGCUUUUACGGCAGUUGGCUAGCUCGUAAAUAAAGGCACAUAAUUGAACUUGGCCAGAAAUAUAAAACAAUCUCUCUUUCGAGCUAACAGAAAAAAAGCAACUACAAUAAUUAAACUUAAUUGCGCUGUACAUACAAGAAAAAAUUGCAAUUUUAAAUAUACAUAUACAAAUAUUCUGUGUUUAAUAAAUACUAAGAUAUGAAAUAACAAUAAAUAAAACACAGCGCAGAUAUUUGCAUUUAAUUUUGCGCAUUUUACAAACCACAAAAAAACUAAUUGCCAAAUAUUCGAUGCAUAGUUUAUAUCAGUAAAAAAUAAAUAUAUAUAUAUAUAUAUAUAUAUAUAUAAAUACACAAAAUAUAUAUAGACAGAUAAAAGAAAGCAUGCACGAGCUCUAGCAUAUAGAGCGGUGCAAAUAAAAUAUAUUAAACAAAUAAUUAUAUUUACACAGUUUCAAUAUUUAUUCAGUUUAGACAAACGCCACGCCCACAACAUGGUCAUCAUGACAUAGUUCUAAUGCGAGUAGAUACCAAAACAGUUGCCAAAAAAUUAAA